UGUCAACAUUUUGGCGCCGUACACUCGUUGGUCGGGCGUCUUUGCGUGAAGAUGUCUAAUACGAUGGAGUCUCCAAAGCCUCGAAUUAACUCAUCCAUGCUGACGCAAUAUAUUAGCAAACCCGUCUGUUUUGUCGGACAUGUUGAGACGGUACACAACACCGGGAAAAGCUUCUCUGUCGCCGACGGAGAAGGAAGAAGUGUGUGUGUUGAGCUAAACGACCCUCUUGAAGAGGAGCUGUCUGGAAUUGUGGAAGUCAUUGGAAUGGUGUCUAACAAAGGAGCCAUAAGGGCCACCACAUUCAACAUGCUCCGAGACGAGAAGGGCAUUCCCUUUGACCUGGAACUUUACAACGAAGCUGUAAAGGUCAUCCACGAUUUCCCCCAGCACUACCCUUUUGACAUGGCUGCAAGUAGAUAAGCAAGCUUUGUGUUUUUUUCCCCCCUUUCUCUUUUUUGCUCGUUUUGUUAUAAUAGGGAAAAAAAACCAUGUAUGUCACUGAAAAUGUUGCAGAAUAAACCUUCGCGUAUCGUGCAA